UUUAGUUUUACAUUAAUUUCAAGUGCAUUUGUUGAUAUAUGAUUAUACAUAUAGAUUGUUGAUCUUUUUAAAGGUUUUUGCAGUUUAGGUUUGAUAUUGGGGUUAUAGUGGCUGCUGUGAGUUGUGUUUGAAGUUGUAGGAAUUGCAUUUCCUCAUCUUUUAGAUAUAGUAAAAGGACAGUUUUUAUCUCUUCUCUUCUGGUUUGGGGCUACAAUGGGUUGUUUUAGUGUUAUUGGUAGGAUAAUUUUACUGAUUUUGAAGGAGUUACCAACCCUUCAAGCAAUUGGGUAAAUUAUGGGGUUCCUAGUUCGGUUUCUGAUCGUUGCAUUGAACUUUCUGUACCUGAUGGGGGUUAUUGUUGUUUGGAAAAUUUGGGGUUCUAUAGAAGCAUUGCAAAGUCUGUAAGUAUCUAUGUUUGUGUCUUUUUUCUGGGGAUUUAGGAUGUUCAAUCAAGAAUGUGAUCCAACUGUUUUUAUUUGUGUGGUUUAUUAUAUGGAAUCUUAGACAAAGAAUUUUCUGUAAUUUUUACUGUUGGCAUUUUAUUAUUAUUGUCUGCAUACAUUGCUGAUCUUUACAGGUGGUAGUUACUCUCUAGUUUUCCUUCCAAAAGUCUGACUUUAGGUUCCUUUUUUAAAUGUGACAAGACAUGCCAGUUUCUGAACUAUAUGGCUUAUUUCAGUAAAUUGCCUUUCAUAAGUAUACAUGGCUAGACAACAUAACCUGAAAGUGAUCACUUAGCAUGCAUGUUACAACUUCAUCUCUUCCUCAAUUCUAGGUGUAGUGUUUCUUUUGGUUAAUUUAAUUUAUGAUUUGCUUGUAGUUAAACUUGAGCGAGUAAUCAAUUUACUAAAUUAUCGCACUUAGGAUGUGCUUAAUGGCAGCUUGCAUUCAUCAUUUUUGUUGUUGCAAGUGCUAUGCACCAUGGGGAUAAUGUAUCUUGCUUGGUUCAAGCAAUUCGACCCCAAUUGUUGGUCAGUUUUUGAAAUUUGGAUUUGCUAAUUUUCUGUGCUGAUCUUUGAACAUAUAAAAUUUAAGAUCUGUUACUGAUGGGACCUAUAUUAUCCGGUCUAUAUUGACUUUUUCAUAAAUGGGAAUCUAUAUUGAUUAAUGGAUUUUCCCACAUACACAUUGAUUUGCCCAUUUCUAUGAUGGCGAAUGCUUUGCUUUAGGGCAAAUUUAUGAAGUGCUUAACUUCAUUACCGCCCUUUCCUUCCAUUGGUUUCUAUGUUUUCAUAGUCCCAGUCCCACCUCCACUGCAAAUUGUGGUCCAUUCUGAAUACAAAGUUUUGUUACGGCACUCAAUUCAUUACAGGGUCAAUGCAGUUUUUUAAUCUAAAUUAUUCUUAGAUUAGUGUGUUGCAUGCCCCCAAUAACAUUCUUUGAAUACAUAAGUGUUAUUAAGGCGAAAGGCGACCCUAAGGCAGCAAGGGACCUUACGGCCUUAGUCGAGAGGCGAGGCGAGGCGAGGCCUUUUCAAAGCAAGGCGCCAUAGUCUAAAUUGUCUAAAUUAUAGUAAAAAUGUGUACUUGUAACAUUAAAAUUCAUACUUUUAACUAAUUUGAUAUGUAAAAAAAUGCAUAUUGAAAAGGGAAAAAAAACAUUAUUUACAUUAUGUUUAUAUGUAAGAUAAAAGAAAUUGACAAUUGUGCGUACCUGUAUUUCCAGCUUAAGUAAAAGAUAAAAGUGAGACUGCAAAAUUAAAACUCAUAGCAUAAGCAAUAACUAGUUUAAUUACCUAUUUAAUAAAAAUAUAUCACAUUUAAUUACCUAUUUAAUAAAAAUAUAAUCACAAUCACAAUUACAUAAAUUUAAUUAGCACAUUUAAUUACCUAUUUAAUAACAUAAUCACAUUUAAUUACCUAUUUAAUAAAAAUAUAUCACUUAAUCACAAUUACAAAUUCACAAUACCCAUUUAAUUAGCAUCUUACAUAAUACCUAUCAAGUAAUAAAAUGACAUCACAUUAAAAUUUUAAUAAAUUUUUUAAAAAAUUUGCUAUUGUCAAAAAAGAAAAAAAUUGCUGGAACUUGAAAUAAAUACAGCAGCAUGCCGGCAUGAAAUGGGAGCAGUGCAGAAAAAAGAAGAAAAAAAAAAAGAAACUGAUCGCAGGUCACAGCAGUGAGAGGAGAACGGAGCAGAUGAGAAUGAGAGGAGCAGAUGAGAGGAGAAAGCAUCGUGAAGAUGAGAGAGAGAGAGAGAGAGAGAGAGAGAGAGAGAGAGAGAGAGGAAGAUGACGACAUACCUGGUUUGCUGUUCGGGCUUGGUCUGUUGCUGGUGGCUUUCUCUGUUCUUGCUUCUUCAAACUGCUGGGUAGAUGAAGGACUGAAGGUUCAGGUUGGGGGGUCCCCAGUUUACAAAUUGGAAAGAAAGUUGGGUAAGGGUGGCUUUGGUCAAGUGUAUGUUGGUCGGCGUCUUUCUCCUAUUGCUUCAAAUGAUAGAACCAGUUCUGGAGCUGCAGAGGUGGCCUUAAAAUUUGAGCAUAGAAGUAGUAAAGGAUGUAACUAUGGACCGCCAUAUGAGUGGCAAGUUUACAGCUUUCUUGGUGGGAGUCAUGGAAUACCACGGGUACACUACAAGGGUCGGCAAGGUGACUAUUAUGUCAUGGCUAUGGAUAUACUGGGGCCAAGCUUGUGGGAUGUUUGGAAUAAUAACUCUCACACAAUGUCUAUGGAAAUGGUUGGUUGUAUUGCCAUUGAAGCAAUAUCAAUAUUGGAGAAGAUGCAUUCUAGAGGUUAUGUCCAUGGAGAUGUAAAGCCGGAGAAUUUUCUGCUUGGAUCUCCUGGAACUCCUGAUGAGAAAAAGUUAUUUCUUGUUGAUCUUGGAUUAGCGACCAGAUGGCGAGAUACUUCAACUGGUCUUCAUGUUGAGUAUGAUCAAAGGCCAGAUGUUUUCAGAGGAACAGUUCGUUAUGCUAGUGCACAUGCCCAUCUGGGGAGAACAGCUAGUAGAAGAGAUGAUUUAGAAUCUCUUGCCUACACCCUCAUUUUCCUUCUCCGAGGUCGGUUACCUUGGCAAGGAUACCAGGGAGAGAACAAGGGCUUUCUUGUUUGUAAGAAAAAGAUGGCAACAUCCCCAGAGGGCCUCUGUUGUUUCUGUCCACUGCCUUUCAAACAGUUUGUUGAAUAUGUGGUGAACUUAAAGUUUGGCGAAGAACCUAAUUAUGCAAAAUGCAUUUCUUUUUUCAAUGGGGUUGUUGGUCCAAAUCCAGAUCUCAGGCCAAUUAACACGGAAGGCGCUCUAAAGCUUAUACUCAAUCAGGUUGGUCAUAAGAGAGGCCGGUUGUCUAUGGAGGAAGAAGAAGAAGAAGAAGAAGAUGAUGGACAACCAAAGAAGAAGGUUCGACUGGGCAUGGCAGCAGCACAAUGGAUUAGUGUGUACAAUGCUCGUAGACCUAUGAAGCAACGGUAUCACUAUAAUGUGGCUGAUGCAAGACUUGCCCAGCACAUUGAAAAAGGAAAUGAGGAUGGCUUAUUUAUUAGCAGCGUAGCUUCAUGUCAAAAUCUUUGGGCCUUGAUUAUGGAUGCUGGUACUGGUUACACUGCACAAGUCUAUGAACUAUCGCCACAUUUUCUUCACAAGGAAUGGAUAAUGGAGCACUGGGAGAAGAAUUAUUAUAUCAGUGCCUUAGCUGGAGCAGCUAAUGGAAGCUCAUUAGUUGUUAUGUCUAAGGGUACUCUCUAUUUGCAGCAGUCAUAUAAAGUUAGUGAUUCAUUUCCUUUUAAAUGGAUUAACAAAAAAUGGAAGGAAGGUUUCUAUGUUACUGCAAUGGCCACCUCAGGGAGUAGAUGGGGAGUUGUUAUGUCUCGUGGGGCAGGGUUUGCACACCAGGUUGUUGAACUUGAUUUCCUUUAUCCAAGUGAAGGCAUACAUCGUCGGUGGGAUCAUGGAUAUCGUAUUACAGCAACUGCAGCAACUUGGGACCAGGCUGCUUUUGUUCUUAGUGUGCCAAGACAGAAACCUCCAGAUGAAACACAGGAGACACUUCGAACGUCUGCUUUUCCUAGUACCCAUGUCAAGGAGAAGUGGGCAAAGAAUUUAUACAUAGCAUCAAUUUGUUAUGGACGAACAGUCUCAUGAGUGACACCUCUCUCUCCAUGUAGUUGCUUGAUUGAGGAGAAAAACCAUGGUUUUCUGAAGUGGCAAUAUCUAGGCAUAGAGAAAUUUUGACGAGUAUAUAGCUUUUUUUUUAUCAAUUGUAAUCAGAAGUAUAGAAGCUUUGGGUUGUGCCUGUCAUUUAUGUAAAAUUUCUACUGCCAAAGUCUGAUCCAACAAAGCCCAAAGGGAUGAUGGGCAUCUUUUUUAAACUUUCUGUACAGUCUUUGAAUAAUUACUCUAACUAGAACAUCCUGUAGAAGUCAUGGUCCUCCUCGUGGGGAUUGUUGAUUUUGCUCUAGCAUGUUAGUGAUUGUCCCUUUUUUUUAUUUAUAAAUAACCUGCAAAUUUCAUCGA